AUCGUAGCUAGCUAGCUACGUGUUGUCUUGCUACUAUAGCUGCGUGCAUGUUGCUAGAAAGCAGAUUCAAAGCUAACUUUAGCUAGUGUUGGCUGAAGGCAGCAGCAACUGAGUAUAUGAUGCUUUCUAGCUAAAUACAGUACUGUAGCUAGCUACGGUCUCUGUUGUACAGGGUUGUAUGCACACAUUGUAUGUAGCUAGCCUUUUAUGAAUAGUGUAGAUUCCCUGUGUGUGAAUGUACUCUGCCAAACGGUCUGGACCUUUAUGGCACAGUAGGAAAGUGUACAACAUGCUCUGUAACAUACAGUACAGUAGCUAACGUUAGUUGCUUGUUCAUGCCCUAGCUGUACCCCUCUUGCUCUAAAGGGUAGAUUAUCCCUGAAGCCUCCUUCAUUUGAUGGAAGUGUUUCCAUUUGCAUUGGGAAUAGAGGCUUCUCCGGAGAGGUGGAAUAAUGUGGUCAAUGGCCAUCCUGUAUACAACAGCCCCUGCCAAGAGGUCUGGAGGGACCUUCAUGGCAGAGGCACACGCUCGUGGAUAUCUGGUGAGAAAGGAGAUCAACUGUGCGCGUUCAGAGUUUGAGGACAUUGUGAGAGAUAUCGACGGAGACGUGAACCAUUUAGACUGGAAGGGGAACAUAACUGCCAUUCCUCACUUCAAAGACAUUGAUGGCCCAUUGCAAAACUCUGGUAUCUUCACCAAAAAACAUGCGGAAGAAGCACCAGACAGGGAAAGCCAUCCUCUGGAGCAGCCAGGGGAGAGAAAAGGGGCACAGCUUAUGUCAGAUAGGAUAGAACCAGAGAGAGACGACCCCCACAGCCAUGGACUAGCAUCCAUCUCCAGGGGCUCCUCCAGUCCUCCUUCUUUUCCACCUGGGGGUGAGGGGGAGACUGAGAGCAGUCAGGGGGAGCUGCUGGAUGGAGGAGGCAUGCUGGAGAGCACAGGGGGUGCGACCACUGUCUGGAGCAGUCUGGGUCUAGAUGUGAGCUAUGGUCGUUUUCAGAAAGGUUCCCAGCAGUGGCGUAGUCUGGGCCAGGACGUGCCCCAUACCCCUGAAGCCUUGCAGCUACACAGGAACACUCUGACCAUGGAGAUGCUGUGGCUUCAACAAGCUAUUGCCAGCCGUAAAAAAUACCUGUCACUGAAAGAGAGACUGAAUAUGUCCUAAUGGCAGAGGACCAAGGAGAGGAUGUUGCUCUAAACUGGACAUUGAUUUGUAGGACUGAAUCUUUCCCCAUGUUGAUAAAUGAAAUUAUGUAAGGAUAAAUUAAAUGAUACCCCUCCCGGUCGGGGAUAGCUAGAUUAAUUUAUUUGGUAUCUGAUUAUUUAUGUAUCACAUUUUUGGGGUAUUUAUUCAAGAUGUGUAUGAGUGGCACAGAGUGAAUGUUUGGGGAAACAUAUAUUAUUAAUAAAGUUUAUGUUUGUAAGUAUCCAUUGACGACAUGUUUUUUAAUAAUAAUACUUACGUUGUUGCUAUCAGUGCUACAUUUGAUGUUGCUUCCUUACGUUGUUGCUAUCAGUGCUACAUGUGAUGUUACUUCCUUAUGUUGUUGCUAUCAGUGCUACAUGUGAUGUUACUUCCUUAUGUUGUUGCUAUCAGUGCUACAUGUGAUGUUACUUCACGUCACUACUAUUGUCUUCAUCGCUGCAUAACUAUGGUGAUCUCCAUUGUUUUCAAACAAGUUAUGGGAGAGAUUCAAGGGAAUUCCUGCUGCCUUUAGUUUAUCUCAGGUGAUUCACACAAGCUCAUAUUUCCCAUUGAGACCACAUAGUCAACACAAUCAUUAAAGUGCAGUUAUAUUAUUCAA